AUGUACGCCACCGUCGCCUUCACGUUGUCCCCGCUGAUUACCCCUUCACCAUCUCCUCCUUUCCCCGGCAUUUUCGGCCAAGCUAUGCGCGGAAAACGGUUCAAAAAAUCGCUUCAGGACGGGUGGGCGCGCGUGCGUCGUGCAGUGUCGCCUGCCCCGUCCCGCACAUCAUCUACUACCGGUAAUUACGUUGAGACGGAGCUCCCGAGUCGGCAAUCUCGAAAGUCAUACGAAUCCCCAGAAUCGGCCUGUCCCAACACGCAAGCGCCGUAUAAUGAUGCUGCAAAUUCGUGUACCGAUCUCGAUCCUUCCCACCCCAAUACGACGGCGGUGCGAGCCAUCACGGGGGAAACCAAAGAGGCUGAAGCGUCAGCCACGGCAUUGCACGUUCCAUAUCUAGCCCUGCCUGACGAGCUACCCGCCAGAGAGACAUUGGUACCCGAACCCGAAGGGCAAUCCUCCCCUGCCCUUUCCGUGUCCCAGACUCUCUGGAAUGCCGCGUACGACAGCCUUGAGGAAGACGCAGAAACCACAGAGCUGGUCAACUCCUAUGUUAGGACCUUGAUGAAAGUGUCGGGCGUCGAUCCUGCCACCGAUCUGUCGGCCGAACUUAAAGACACGACCCAGCGACAGAUGCACAUGAGGGAUCUGGUGGAGAAAGGCCAGGCGAAGAUUGCUACGCCGGCGAGGGUUACCGAGACAGCGGGCGACGUGGCCCAGUUUAUUCUCACAGUCAAGCCGAUCAUUGAUGCAGCCAUCCAGAAUAUCCCGCAGGCUGCACUACCCUGGGCUGGCAUCCUCCAGAAUCCUGCGAAAGCGACUAGGUCCAACCUUGCCGGCAUCGUGCACGUUGUCUCCCGGAUGGAUUGGUAUUGCGCCCUGUCCGAACAUCUCUUGAAGAAGGAUCACAUCGACCAGUCCCUCGAAUCGAUCCCGCCCCAGCUGGAAACGAGAGUCAUCGAGCUCUACAAGGCUCUCCUCCUGUACCAGAUGAGAAGCGUCUGCUCCUACUACCGACACCAGGGCCUUGUCUUUCUCCGCGCUCUUGCGAAUUGGGACGACUGGGACGGCUACUUGAAUGCUGUUCAAGACGCGGAAAAAUACCUUCUUGACGACUGGGGCCAGCUCGACAAAAUCAUAGCGGGGACCCUCCGGCGUGAACUCAACGACCGUGCCAAACGAAUGGAGAAUCUCCUGGAAACCAUCAGUCAAGACAUUCGAGACUUCAUCGCCUUGCAAAAGGAAAUGCGGAGGGAUGGCGAGGACACAAAAUGCCUCCAACAGCUCUUCGUGGUAGACCCGCAAGACGAUAUGGAGAAGAUUGAGCAAAAGAAGGAUGUCUUGUUGCAUGAGGCCUACAAAUGGAUCCUCGACACGGAGGCCUACGCAGCAUUCACGAAUUGGAACCAGGAUGGCUGUGCCCCAUCGUCGUGUCGGCUGUUAUGGGUUAAGGGUCAUGCCGGAACAGGGAAGACGAUGCUCUUGAUGGGCAUCAUCCUCCAUCUCUCGAGUCAAUCUGCCAAACUUGCCCCCUCCAUCUCACACUUUUUCUGUCAGGGCACAGAGCAAACUCUGAACAGCGCAAUGGCCACCCUGAGAUCUCUGAUCUGGCUGCUGCUUGUUCAGCAACCGCAUCUUAUCUCGUACCUACGAUCCAAGUACAAGAACGCAGGCCCUUCCGCUUUUCAAGGCGACAGUGCAUUUAUUGCCCUAUCCGGUGUGUUCAAGAGUAUGCUGAAGGACCCCAAUCUGUCACCCGUGUACUUCAUUGUCGAUGCUCUGGAUGAGUGCGAAGAGGGCUUACCGGCCCUCAUCGGGCUAAUUUCGGAUUCCCUGGCUAUCACUAAAAAGGUGAAGUGGCUGGUCUCGAGUCGCCCAAUCGUUGAACUCCAGACUCCGGGCACCGCUGGUGCCUUGGUCGAGCUAGACACUCAAAAGCUGGAAAAGCCCGUCAACGCAUACAUCGACUACAAGCUCUCCGCCUUCCGCGGUCAACCCGGAUACACCGAACAGGUUUUGGACGCAUUGUCAGUUGAGGUUCCUAAGCGGGCCGAGAAUACCUUCCUUUGGGUAUGGUUCUUCUUCAAAGAGCUUGGGAAGACAAAUCGGCGUGGCAAGCUGUUGUUGAAUGGAAAGGACGCUUUGCCGACUGUCAAGAAGUUCCCUUCUGGCCUGUCGAAUCUGUAUGACCGCAUCAUGGACACGAUUGCUGCCGAAGCGGGAUACCCGCAAUAUUGCAAGGACGCCCUGGCAGCUGUCGUUCUUGCACUCCGCCCUCUCACCCUCUCCGAGCUUGCUGUACUCGCUGGUUGUCCGUCCGAUAUGCCUCGGACGGUUGUUGAAGAUUGCGGCUCGUUUCUCACGGUCAAGGGCGAGACAGUCUAUCUGAUCCAUCAGUCGGCCAAAGACUAUCUCUCCGAGAACUACUCGUCCAAACUUCAGCCAGGCGGUGUUGCCCAAGGGCACGCCAACAUCGGCAGGCGUUCGAUCACGGCAAUGUCCUCGACCCUGAAGCGGAACAUCUACAACCUCGACUUCAAACCAGACCCGCUAGCCCCGAUACGAUACUCCUGUCUCUUCUGGGCCGACCAUCUCCUGGACAGUGACAGUGUCGAGCACAAAACAGAGCUGUUGGAUGAUAACAUAGUGUUUCAGUUUCUAACGGAGCGGUUCCUGCACUGGCUUGAGGGUAUCUCUCUUGUAGGGAAACUCCCAUCCGGGUUUCGAUCGCUCCUGAAUCUCCGGGAUAUCGCCCAGAUAUAUGGCAUGGCCCUCGUGUUUAGUCCAGCGAUGAGCGACGUCAAAUGCACGCAAUGGAAAGAAAGGCUGCCGUUUAUCGAAACGAUUGUGGGCAUUGAAGACUACUGGCACGCAGACACGGAACCGUUCGAGGGCCAUAGCGGCCCGGUCCGGGUCGUCGCUUUCUCGCCGGACGGCAAGACCCUCGCGACAGCUUCAGAAACCCCGGAUUAUACACUCCGGCUCUGGGAUGUAGCGACGGGUAAAUGCCGGCAGAUGCUCGAGGGGCAUCGCGAUAGUGUUCAGGUUGUCGCCUUCGCGCCGGACGGCAAGAUGCUUGCGUCCGGUUCGGUCGAUCAUACAGUCCGGCUUUGGGAUGUAGCAACGGGCGUACACCGGUACACGCUUGAGGGGCAUAGCGACUCGGUCACGAUAGUCGCCUUCUCUCCGAAUAGCAAGCUACUCGCAUGGACUUCGGAGGAUUGUAUACUCCAGCUCUGCGAUGUAACAACAGGUAUAUGCCGGCAGACGCUUACGGGUCAUAGCGACCAGGUUCAGGUAGUUGCCUUCGCGCCAGAUGGCAAGACACUUGCGUCAGGUUCGGUCGAUUGUACAAUUCGGCUCUGGGAUGUACCGACGGGUAUAUGCUGGCAGACGCUCGAGGGGCACAGCAAUCGAGUCCAGGUAGUUGCCUUUUCGUCAGAUGGCAAGACACUUGCGUCAGGUUCGGUCGAUUGUACAAUUCGGCUCUGGGAUGUACCGACGGGCAUAUGCCGGCAGACGCUCGAGGGGGGGGACAACCAAGUCCAGCUGCUCGCCUUCUCGCCCGAUGGCAAGCUGCUUGCGUCAGCUAGGUCCGAGAAUCUGGUCCAGCUCUGGGAUCUACCAACGGGCGUUCUUCAGGGGAUGGCCCGGAACUUCAACGCAAUUUCGCAGCUGAGUUUCUCAGAAGACAACCAAUAUCUGAAGACGAAUCGCGUCUAG